UCCCAAAGAAAGAAUACCAAAGAAGACAUUUAUCAGCUUUAUCACCAUCCUAUAAAAGCUGUGUAUUGCAGCGAAUUUCGGUUCAGUCCUGCAUCUUUCGCGAGUCGUAUAAUUAAAGAAAUUCAGCCGUAAUCAUGAAGUUACUGUGGCUGCUAGGCUUUCUGCUGGCCCUCGUGUCAGUUGCUUUCGGUCAGAGCUGUCCAACCGGAUUCAACCGCCAGGAUAACUUGUGUGUCGCUAAACGACCGGUGAAGGGAGAGUGCCCCAAAGGAUCCACCUUCAACCUAGGCAAGAAUUUGUGUGUGGUUAAAUGAAGUUUUUGGAAGAUAUCGGCGGUUCAGGAUGAGAAAUAAUUUGAUUCUUGUAGAAAUGGUAGUAAAAAAAUUAUGAAAAUCUA